GGUUACAAGGAAUGACGGUCGCAGCCGCCGAUAUAGCAGCGUGCAGGACUGCAUGCAUGAACAUGCCGGGGUGCGCCGCCUUUGAUUUUACCACCGUGGGCCCCACGUGCACGCUGUACCAGGCCCCUAUCGCCUGUCUGAGACCUCUUAUCGUAGAUGCUACAGCAACAUUUGAAGUCGUAAGGCUCGAUUUGUGUCCGUUUAUGCCUCCUGGUUCCAUCCCCGCGAAGUUCGACACUCAAGAUGCCGGGUUCACCAUCCCGGGGGGUAUGGCCAACUCCGCCAACAACAUCACGGCAUGUGUGGCAGCAUGUUCUACGGGCUGUUUCGGCAUCAGCUUCGACUACAGCUCCACUGCCAGUACCAGAUGUUUCUUACUCAUGACAAUGACCGCUGUCUGUAUGACGCCCUUGGUGCCUUCCUCGGCAGGGGUGGUAUACAGGGUAGCCUGCCCAGUGGGCACAGGUUUGCCUGCUAAAUUUGGAACGAGCAUGCUGAAUAUGGAACUGAUGGGCGGGACGACGGUACCGCAGGCCAGAACGCUGCAGUCCUGCGCUGCUAACUGCGGGUCCAGCUGCAUUGCCAUCACCUUCGACACAGCGACCUUGAUGUGCCGGACCCACUUCUCGGCCACUGGGUGUAACGCAGCUGUCACCAACUUGAACGCCAUCACUGUCAGAUGUGCAGUCUGCAACACUGCCCCCGGAGCCAACACCACCACGUGUUUCGGCAACAUGGAGACGCUGACAUGCGCCACGGGAAUCGUCUCCAUCGCUUCUGCCACAUAUGGUCGGGUCGUGGGGUCUCAAGUCUGCCUGCCAAACAUGGGCAAUCCCCCGGCUUGUACGGAACCCAAUAUUUUCCCUAUAGUACAGUCGAUUUGCAACAAUAAUGCCGGGACGUGUAAUGUAAUGAACAGCAUUAAUACCUUACAAACGGCAGCGAUGACUAUUCCUAUUGGCUUCGCAGGGUGUAUGGCUGACUCGUCUCCGGUUCUGAUGAUACAGUAUAACUGCGUCAGUAAGUAUAUUAACAGCUGACUGCCACUGUAACGUGACGGAGAGUCCCUCAUGAAAGAGUUCGCUUCCCAU